AUGACAUCCUAUCCCUAUUUCGGAAGCCAUAGAGGCGGUUCGGGCUACAGUGGUGGUCAUCGAUCUACCUCUGGGGGCUCCUCUCGACAUACAAUUCGAGUCUAUGAGGGCAAUGACGAAUGUACUCCUAGUUACUCUAAAAUGAGAUCCCGGGACCGCCGACGAUCUACCAGUGGGGAGGAUAAAUAUUACACUAGUUCUUCGGCUAAUAGAAGUAGCCAUAGUACCGCAAGCUAUCGUGAAAGCUUACCAAGUUAUGGUAGCUCAAGCCGUCGCGAUGAUUACCGGGCAUAUGAUGUGUCUUCACUGCGUGAAGCCUUGCCGAGUUAUGGUACCACAAGCUAUCGCGAUGAUUACAAGAAACAUGACAGGUCUUCUUCGCGCCGUGAAAGCUUACCUACCUCAGGUCGGACUCAACAUUAUUUCUACGAUAAGUAUGGCGAAGCCAAACCACGCCAGUCCAAAUAUCGUGAUGAGGUCAACGAUUCUCCCACAACGUCCAAAUCUCGUCAUUCUAAGUAUGAGUUUUACGAUGAGGUAGAUGAUUACCCCAAGUCAUCCAAAUCACGUCAAUCUAAAUAUCACGAUGAGGUUGACGAUUAUCCCAUAAAGUCCAAAUCUCGCCAUUCGAAGUAUGAGUAUUACAAUGAGGUAGAUGAUUACCCCACAACGUCCAAAUCGCAUCGAUCCAAGAAUGAUUAUUAUGAUGAGGUAGAUGGUUACCCCAAGUCAUCCAAAUCACGUCAAGCUAAAUAUUACGAUGAGGUCGAUGACUACCCCUCAGCAAGAAGUACAAGAAGCCGACGUGCAAGUCCAUCUUGGCGUGAAGAAGUUUCUGCCCAUGAUUAUAUCAAAGAACUAGUCAAAGUAGCACCUAGCACAAGCAGUACAAGCGACCGACUUGGAAAUCCGUCUUGGUGUGAGGAAGUUUCUGCCGUCAUUUCGAAUGAUUAUGACAAAGUACUAGUCAAUGUAACUUCCAGCGACAGCAGGACGACACCUCAAUCCGAAUUCUUGCAACGAACAUUUGACUGUGAAGAUGCUGAAGGAAGAGUCGAAGCGUUCAUGCAACGAAAUGAGAAUAACGAGCCCGAUGUUGUCAGCGGCACUUUUUCGUUUAAACGGAAACAGAGCUCGAACGAUUCGCCGCAUUCUUUUCAGCAUGUCGAAGAGACUCCACCGAUUGCGACUCAAGGUUCAAAUACUGACAAUGAAAACCCUCAAGAGACGAAUAGCGAUCAAAUCGAGGAUAAAGUUAAACUUAGCUGGCGGUCGUGGAUCGUCGUGUUUGUGACUUGCUUCGCCAUCGUGGAUCAGGUCUUUGUCGUCACAGCUGCUGGGUCCGUUGUUGCAUUUAUUGUACGGGAUUUAGGGAAGAAUGAGCCAGAUGCGCCUGGGCUGGCUGGCUGGAUUAUUCAAGGUCCAUUGUUAAUGCAGUCUGUCCUCUCGCCAAUCGUCGGACGACUCAGCGAUGUUAUCGAUAGAAAGUACCUGGCUUCCAUACCGCCACUUAUUGCGUUCAUCGGCGCUGUUGUCUCGGCAAAGGCAACCUCAAUAGCUAUGUUGAUCGGUGGCGGUAUCUUAAUUGGAACGACACUAGCCACGAUAUCUAUUGUGCAGGCAAUUCCAAGCGAGAUUUUGCCGUUGAAACACAGAGCACUGGCAAACGGAUUUGCAUAUAUGGGCGGUGCUGUGGGUGGAAUAGCAGGUGGUCUCGUUGCAGGAGCUGUUACAAAGAUUUCUGCUAGUGGAUGGAGAGAUAUUUUCUGGAUUCAAGCGGGCUUACAUAUUGUGACCUCUGCCGGAUUAUUAAUUUUCUACCAUCCACCGCCGCAGAGGGAGUACUCGAGAAUGACCUUGAAGGAACACAUAUGGGCAUGUGACCCAAUUGGAUCACUCUUGUUUAUUGCCAGCGUAACGAGCUUAUUGCUGUCUUUGAACUGGGCUGCUGGGCUAUAUCCGUGGUCAAAUGUACAUGUUGCGGCACCACUAGCCAUCGGACUUGCCCUGUUUCUAAUCUUCUGUCUUUAUGAGUGGAAAGGGCGAAACGAUGGUCUUGUGUCACACAUAUUUUUCAAGGGAUCGCCAAAUUUUGCCCUAUCAGUAUUCGCCUUUGCCGUCGAAGGCUGGCUAUUCUACAGUGCAGUCAAUAGUGUCAUUCCGCAGAUGAUCUUGAAUCUUGGGUUUGAGAGCGAUUCCUUGAAUAUCGCGGUCAGAGGACUUGCCUCGAGUGCAACCGCCGCUGUUGCGUCCAUGGUCAUUACAUGGUACUCUACAAAAACAAAGGAUUUAAAAUGGCCGUUGAUUGUCUCCUUCAUUUUUUUCCUAGUUGGAUCAAUCACAUACGCGACAAUAAAACCGUCCAUGAACAAGCCGCAAAUAGUAUUCAGUGUUCUGAUUGGAAUUGGACUUUCUGGACCUCUUACGCUAUUAGUCGCCCUCGUCCAAUUUACAGCACCACACAGCCACUUGUCCACAGCCACAGGGCUCGCAUUUUCCGCCCGCGCAAUUGGAGGUGCUUUCGGAUCCGCCGUUCUCGAUGCCAUCAUAAACGGGGUUUUGAAUGGUUCAUAUGCCACAAAAGUCAGCAACGCCGCUAUCCAAAAGGGCUUAUCGGCGUCGUCUGUGUCCGCUCUUCUAGCAGCCAUGUCGGCAGGGACAUCACUAACAGAUGUACCGGGAGUGAAUGCGUCGAUUGCCAAUAGUGCAGAGCAAGCAAGUCACGAUGCAUACGCGCAUGCGUAUCAUCUUGCAUGGGCUAGUAUUGUGCCAUUUGUGGUGUUGGGGAUUGUGUCGGUUGCGUGUUUGAAGGGAGUCAAACAUUUGAUGACAGAUAAAAUCGAAGCAACAGUUGAGCAUGCUACAAAGGCCGAGUAUGAUGAAAAGAUAUAG